AACAUAAAUAAAAGGACCAAAAUAAAGAGAGAAGCCUUGAAUCCCUGAAGAUUUUAUUUUCUUUCUUAUUUUUUUUCUCUCCUCUUCCCUGCCAGUGCUCCUUGCACUUUGUUUUAGCUCUCUCUCUCUUACCCUGAAAUAGAGGAAGCAGAGUCACACAGAAGAGUUUAAUGUCUAACCCACCGCUUCUUGCUCUCAUUCUCUCUCUCCAAGACUGAACCUUGUUGUUGGGGUCUCAACUUUCUCUGCUCAGUUACUCAGAACCCAGUUGUUUUCUCCCAUUUUCUCAGUGUUUCUUAGCUCAGGAAAAGGAAAGAAAGAACAGAGAAGAGCCAUUUUGUGUGUGGAGACUCUCUUUCUCUUGAAACUCAUUCUCUCUGCUUCAACUAUUUCUUGUCUUUAGAGAUCUACCAUCAACUCUUUUACUUCAUAUUCUUUCUUCUGUUCAUUAUUGUACCUUUGUGUUUGGUGCAUUUUGAGUUGUAACUAUGAGUAAAGAAGAGUUUUUGAAGAUCCAGAAAUGUGUCCUCAAAGUGAAUAUACACUGUGAUGGUUGUAAGCAUAAGGUCAAGAAAAUCUUACAGAAAAUUGAUGGUGUUUUUACCACCGACAUAGACGCAGACCAGGGAAAGGUGACGGUCUCUGGCAAUGUUGACCCUGCCGUUCUCAUUAAAAAGCUUGCAAAAUCUGGUAAACAUGCUGAGCUCUGGGGUGCACCAAAAGCAAACCAAAACAACAACCAGAACCAACUGGCUAACCAGCUCAAGAACAUGCAAAUUGAUAAUAGCAAGGGUGGAAACAAGCCUCAAAAGGGUGGAAAUAACAACAAUAACCAGCCUCAAAAGGGUGGUCAGAAUGGCAAUCAACAACCGCAGCAGCAGCAGCAACAACAACAACAACAGAUGCUUCAGCAACUUCAGCAGCAGCAACAGCUCCAGCAGCAGCUUCAGCAGCUUCAGAACAUGAAAGGGUUACAAGAUCUAAAGCUUCCCCAAUUGAAAGGCAUGCCAAUGCCCCCUAACAAAGGACAGAACCCGAACCAGAAGGCUGUCAAGUUCAGUGAGCCGCUCGAGGAAGACGACUAUAGUGAUGAUGACUAUGACUAUGACGAUGAUGACUAUGAAGAUGAAGAUUUCGAUGAUGAAAUGGAUGAUAUGCCACAUCAUCCUCUUGCUAAGAACAUGAAGAUGCCGCCCGGUAUGCCUCCUGGUAUGUUGAAUGGUAUGAUGAAUGGGAAUCCCCAUGCCCAGAUGAUGAACCAAAAUGCUCAGAAGGGUGGGAAUGCAGGAGGAAAUGCCAAGAAAGGUGGUGGCGGUGGCCCUAUGCCUGUUCAGGUCAAUAUCCCCGGCGGCGGCGGACCCAUGGACGGUAAAAAUGGAGGCAAGAAAGGAGGUGGUGGUGGUGGUGGUGGUGGUGGUGGUAUUGGCCAAAACCCUGCUGCCGGAGGUAAAAAUGGAGGAAAGCCUCAAGACGGUAAAAACGGUAACAAUAUGGGCGGUGGCGGUGGUGGAGGAAACAAAAAUGGCAACGGUAACGGCGGUGGUGGUAGCAAUAAUGUAAACGGUGGUAAAAAGGGUGGCGGUGGUCUUGAUGGGGUUCAAGUUCAAGCUAUGAACAAAGGGUUUCAACACAUGGGCCCUGCUCCUCAUCCUCAAGCCAUGCCUGGAGGUGGCAACAUGGCAAACAUGAACAUGAACAUGGCCAUGAGCCAAAUGGGUCAAAUGGGCCCAAUCCCUGCCGUUCAAGGACUACCGGCGACAGCCAUGAACGGUGCGGGAAGUGGUUACUUCCAAGGAGCUGGGCCAGAGGUCAUGCCCGGUAACCCAUACCAACAACAACAGCAGCAACAGCAGCAGCAGUACUUAGCGGCCGUAAUGAACCAGCAACGGGCCAUGGCCGGAAACGAAAGGUUUCAACCCAUGAUGUACGCCAGGCCACCUCCUGCGGUUAACUACAUGCCGGCACCGUACCCAUACCCGCCGCCGCCACAAUAUCAAGAUCCCAAUUAUGCUCAUUUCUUCAGUGAUGAGAACACUUCAAGUUGCAAUGUCAUGUGAAAGUAAUUAAGGUUAAAAGAAAAACAAAGUUUGACCAUAAACACUUUGAUCUGCUGCUGACGUGGGUUAAUUUGAUUGGUUUGUGAUAUGGUGUUCUGGUCUCUGGGUUCUCUACUUCUUCAGUCAUAGUUACAAGUACUAGAAAAAGAGGAAGGAAAAAAAAAUGAUGCCAUAAUAUUAUACAUGGAAAUGGGUUUUUUCUUCUCAUUUUCUUUUUAGUUUUUUAUUUUUAUUUUCUCCUUAAAUCUCUCUUUUCUUUAUCCUAAGCUUAAUUAGGAGUUUAUUAUCUAUAGAUGGGAAGUCCUUUAUAUAUAUUAUAAUAAUAUAUUAAAGCUUUUUAGGGAAGAAUGAGAUGUAAGUGGUGGGGGGCAAAGAGAGACAAUGCUCUGGGCUUUUUCUCUGUUUUCAUGAAAGAUGUUUAUAGUGUUUAUAUGUUGCAAAAACAAAAAAUAAGAUGAAAAUGAAAAAAAGAAAUGGGGUAAAAAAAAAGAAGCCCAUCUCUUCUGCCUAUUUCUCCCGAAA